AUGGAUUCUAAUUACGAAAUGCCUACCCCCUAUUUCAUCCAUUCGCUCUCUGACGAAUCCCAACCUAAAACGAAUGAGAAAGCAUAUACCUGGUUUCCUACGAUGGACUUUCGCAGCGUAUGGUCUUUGGAUCACUGUGACUUGGUUGCUUUCAAUGCCUUGCUUCUCUCUGGAGGAACAUGGCAGACUACGCCGCGGCUAACUAUAGCGACUAAUUUAUACCGCAUCUUUGCAACGUGUGAACAAUUAUAUCCCAAGUUCAAAGAUGGUCCACUCAAGAAGAGCGAAGUGCGAGAGUUCUUCUCCCUUGUUUAUGCCCAUCUAAGCGACCACUGUCUCGCCCACGACCACUUGGAGGAAGACGGUCCCCGACGCACAGCCAACCUUGUGGAGUUCUUCAUUCAUGCGUCUAGGAACUACAAUCCUAAAAAAUAUGUGAUCGAUUUAGAUACGGUUCCGCUUAACGAGAUAAUACGCCGGUUUACUUUGACGUCGAGUUUUCCUGAACGUACAUGGUUCUACUGA